AUGAACAUCCUGAGAAGUCUCCAUGAACUGGUGCUGAGAAUGUUAUUCUCCAAGGGGCUCUUCGUUCCGGCGGUCAGGGCCAAAAUUGGACCCGUUGACCGAAUCUUCAGCCGCGUACACACAAUCGACACAGUGCUUAAUGGCAUGUCCACAUUUGCGAAUGAUGUCAAGCAACUGGCGGUAGCGACUAUCGAAGCGACUUCUAACUCAGUGGUGAUAGUGGACGAGUUCGGCAAGGGCACAUUAUCGGAGGUUGGCCUGUCACUUUUGACGUCAUGCUUGGAAUACUGGCUAAAUAACGGAAGUGAGUCACCGCAUGUUUUUGCUAGCUCACAUCUUCAUUCCCUACUUAAACUUAUUCCGGAGAGGCCUUUCUUGAAGCUUCAGGUUUUAUUUCUAACUAUACGUAACGAAUACGGAUCGUUUUGGUUUCAGACGAUGGAGGUUAUAAAGGAACAAAAUACGUUAACAUGCAUUUACCAAGUUGUCGAUGGCUCAAUAGAAUGUUCAUACGCCGCUUAUUCAGCACUGAAAGCCGGACUGUCGGAAAAACUUGUGAAAAGGGCCUAUGAGGUACAUACAAUUCUCUAA